AUGCGGUGCCUGAACAUGAUCAUGGCAGAAUCACCGGGCCUCGUCACCAUCUGCCUUUUAGGAUAUCUACUCAGUGCUGAAUGUACAGUUUUUCUUGAUCGUGAAAGUGCCACCAAAAUUCUGAAUCGGCCAAAGAGGUAUAAUUCAGGUAAAUUGGAAGAGUUUGUUCGAGGGAACCUUGAGAGAGAAUGUAUAGAAGAAAAGUGUAGUUUUGAAGAAGCACGAGAAGUUUUUGAAAACACUGAGAAAACUACUGAAUUUUGGAAGCAAUAUGUUGAUGGAGAUCAGUGUGAGUCCAAUCCAUGUUUAAAUGGCGGCCUGUGCAAGGAUGACAUUAAUUCCUAUGAAUGUUGGUGUCAAGUUGGAUUUGAAGGAAAGAACUGUGAAUUAGAUGCGACAUGCAGCAUUAAGAAUGGCAGAUGCAAGCAGUUUUGUAAAAAGGGCGCUGAUAACAAGGUGGUUUGUUCCUGUACUGCUGGAUACCGACUUGCAGAAGACCACAAGUCCUGCGAACCAGCAGUGCCAUUUCCCUGUGGAAGAGUUUCUGUCUCAAACCCUCGUAUGAAGUUCACCCGUGCUGAGACUAUUUUUUCCAAUAUGGACUAUGAAAAUUCUACUGAAGCUGAAAUAAUUUUGGAUAACAUCACUCAAAGCAACCAAUCAUCCAAUGACGUCAUUCGCAUUGUUGGUGGAGAAGACGCCAUAAGAGGUCAAUUCCCUUGGCAGGUCCUUUUGAGUGAUGAAAUUGAUGGGUUCUGUGGAGGUUCCAUCGUUAAUGAAAAAUGGGUUGUAACUGCAGCCCACUGUAUCAAACCUGGUGUUAAAAUUACUGUUGUCGCAGGUGAGCAUAACACCGAGGAGACAGAAACUACAGAGCAAAAGCGAAACGUGAUCCGUGCUAUUCCUCACCACAGCUACAACGCAUCUGUUAAUAAGUACAGCCAUGACAUUGCCCUUCUGGAACUGGAUGAACCCUUAAUGCUAAAUAGCUACGUAACCCCUAUUUGCAUUGCUGACAGGGAAUACACAAACAUCUUCCUCAAAUUUGGAUAUGGUUAUGUGAGUGGCUGGGGGAGAGUCUUCAACAGAGGGAGAUCGGCUUCAAUUCUUCAGUACCUGAAAGUUCCACUUGUUGACCGAGCUACAUGCCUUCGAUCCACAAAGUUCACCAUCUAUAAUCACAUGUUCUGUGCUGGCUUCCAUGAGGGAGGUAAAGAUUCAUGCCAAGGAGACAGUGGGGGACCCCAUGUUACCGAAGUGGAAGGUACCAGUUUCUUAACUGGAAUUAUUAGCUGGGGCGAAGAGUGUGCAGUGAAAGGAAAAUAUGGAAUAUAUACCAAGGUAUCUCGGUAUGUCAACUGGAUUAAGGAAAAAACAAAGUUCACUUAA